AGGGUACCCAGCACUUUUCAAACCACACUCAAGCUUAUGGUUAUUGACCCCACCACUUCUAAAAACAAACUGACGCCCUUGUCGAUGAGUGUCGACUUCCUCUGGACUUUCAGAACAACCAAACUUGGACUGAUGUCACAAAGUCCGCCUCUGUUGACGUCCUGCUGACAAACCUCAUCAGGGGCGACCUACUUCCCUCCGCUUGCAUCUGGAUCACCACACGCCCUGCGGCAGCCAACCAAAUCCCAGCUGAGUGUGUUGACAGGGUGACAGAGGUAAGAGGGUUCACCAACGCACAGAAGGAGGAGUACUUCAGGAAGAAAUUUUCAGUAGACGAGAAGCUAGCGAACUAAAUCAUCGACCAUGUCAAGACAUCACGAAGCCUCCACAUCAUGUGUCACAUCCCAAUUUUCUGUUGGAUCGGUGCAAAUGUUCUGAAGAACAUCACAGGAAAAGAGAUGCCGAAGACCCUGACUCAGAUGUACAGCCACUUCCUGCGGGUACAGUCCAUUCAGGGGGACAUGAAAUAUCAUGACAGAACUGAAACAGAACAACAAUGUUCAGAGAGCAGAGAGAUCAUUGUUUCUCUGGGAAAACUGGCUUUUAACCAGCUGAAGAUAGGCAACCUGAUCUUUUACGAGGAAGACCUGGCAGAGUGCGGCAUUGAUAUCAAAGCAGCCUCAGUGUACUCAGGAGUGUUCACCCAGAUCUUUAAAGAGGAGUGUGGGCUGUACCAGGACAAGGUGUUCUGCUUUGUCCAUCUGAGCAUCCAGGAGUUUCUGGCUGCCCUUCAUGUCUUUCUGUCUUUCAUCGACACUGGUGUCAAUCUGCUCUCAGAAGAACCAACCUCCAUGGAAGAUGAACUCCUCCUCUACAAGAGUACUGUGGAUGGUGGACAAGGCCUUACAGAGUGAGAAUGGACACCUGGACUUAUUCCUCCGCUUCCUCCUGGGCCUCUGUCUAGAGACCAAUCAGAAACUCCUACGAGGUCUCCUUGUAGAAAGGAAGAAAGGAAGUAGUUCAAGGACCAAUCAUGGAACAGUCCGUUAAAUCAGGGAGAAGAUGAUAGGAGAUCUCUCUCCAGAGAGUAGCAUCAAUCUCUUCCACUGUCUAAAUGAGCUAAAAUGCCGUUCUCUUGUGGAGAAGAUCCAUCAGUCCCUGACAUCAGGAAGUCACUCCAGAGAAUCUCUCUCUCCCGCUCAUUUUUCAGCGCUGGUCUUCAUCUUACAGUCAUCAGAAGAGGGGCUGGAUGUAUUUGACCUAAAAAAAUACUCUGCUUCAGAUACGGGCCUUCUGAAGCUGCUGCCAGUAUUUAAAAUUCCAAAACAUUUCUGUAGGUGCACAUGUUUAACAAGCCAAUUUACAGUAAACUACAAAUAGACUAGUAAUAAUAUCCAAAACAUUCACAGAGCACUUUUCACCUUCAA